AUGGCGGGUUCUGGGACUCAAGAAGAACCCCAAAAUACUUCAGAUGAACGUAACAAAAGAAGAAAACGCAACGACGAUGAAACCAAUGACAAGCCUGACCUCACAGACGAAGAGGAAUCUGAUGCAGAUGAAGGUCUAAGUUUUGAGGAAAAGGUUGCGCGGAGAAAAAAGAAAGAAGCCCUCAGGAAGAAACAAAAAGCCAAACGAGUGCAAACUGCAAUGGUGAGCAACCUCGCUGCUGGCAGUACAAUUCCUUCAGCAGCCACCAGUCUAUCGCGAGCCUUGCACGAAUGGAUUCGAUUUAUGAUGGGUAUCGUGAGAAAAUCAAAAUCGAUCAAGGAUAGUGAUUUGCCACCUUCUCCAUCCAAUGAAGAGCGAAAGCAGUGGAUGGAUCGGAAGGAAGAACGUGAAGCUACAAUAACAAAGGCGAUCAAUAGGGCCUUGCGUAGAUACAAUGCAAAACAGCUCAAAAAGAAUCCAGACUUCAAAGCUAAUCCUACUCAGCUCCUUACCGUCGAAAAAGAUGCUGCUGCAGAAGAAAUGUUAUCCAACCCCAUGAAAGCUGUUAAGUUUACCUCGACAUUGUCUUUCGUUUCUCGAGUUAAAUAUACACACUUGUGGGGUAAAAAGUGUGAAGGGGCACUUGCGUUAGCUGGGUUUCCUCGAUGCACCUUUGACUGGGAGGCUGGCUACGAUACUCCUUGGAAUUCAACCAUGUCAUCAAUCUUGAUUCAACAAUGGAUGAAGUGUUACAAAGGCAAUGGUGUAAGAGGUUUUGGAAUCUCGGCGUCCGAUAACACACCUGAGAAUCAGGAUGAGGUUGUGCGACGAUGGUUCUUAAACCAGCGAGGCAACUACCGGGAACAACUUCGGGUGCAAGAAUUGCUCCAAACUCCAGCCGGAGAACUGCAGGUGCAGACCAACAAGGCUGAUGCAAAGAUCAAGGCAAGCAAAAAACGUGCGCAUAGCAAGAUCCAUGCUGCUCGUUUGGCAUUUGUUGAAGAAGUUUUCGACUCAAAAUCUCCUGAGGCUGAAAUAAUUUCCUAUAUAGAGGUACAUUCUGAGGACGAGGUCAAAGACAAUGGCACACGCGAAAGGACUCGAAAGCCAUGGCGAAGUGCUCAACUCGAUGCCUUCAUAGAGAUGAUCGAUAAGUGUAUGGACAAGAUUGAGGUCAUACCAAAAAAAAUUAAGGCCGCUAAACACACCGUUGACCGAGGGGCUUAUUCUCCAAAUGUCGAUACAGACAGCCGUCCACCAAAAGGCUUCCAACGUUCUCUAGUGUCUCCAACUUGGUUAAAUGAGGCAAAUAGACUCACAGUGUUGAGAUUAGAACUUUGCACAACCGACAAAUGUAGAAUGGAAAGAACUUUACAACAGAUGAUGAGAAUGAUGCAAAGUGAGGCUGAGUCAAGCUCAGCAGCAGGGCCUUCAGGAACGGCGGCGUCUUGA